UAUCAUUUAAGAUUUGGGUAAACGUGGUCUUAAGCUUUCUGAGUCAGAUUCAUCCUCCGCCUAACCGUCUUCAUCCAAAUCAAGGAGAGUCUAUCAUGUCGCCGGGACGUCGGGUACCUCGAUAUACUUUACGUAGUCAACAUGAUAUAUCAAUGAGGGAUGCUAAUACUGAAAUUCCAGAACCAAAGAGCAGAGCCACUCUUAAAGAUCAAAAUGAACAAGUUGUUCCCACUACACGUUCUACUAAAAUACAUACCAAACAACCUACUCCAACGACCCAAUUGGCUAAUGAAAAUAAAACUAUAUCUCAGAAUACUGGAUCUGAUCGAAAUGUGACUGACAAAAAGCGUAAAGCUACUCAUGGCAUGGGGACUUCAAAAAUUGCUAAAGCAGCCUCCACUGGAAAGUUGUCUGUGGUAUUUGAUGCUAAUUGUCGACAACCAAUUUGUGCAAAUGCUGAGCGAUUUAAUAAUGAGAUUGGCUUUAUCAUUCGCAAUCAUGGUACAUUUUCUUACAAAGAUUGGAGGCUAGUUCCAGAAGAGGAAAAUUUUGACAUCAACUUGAGUGAUGAAACAACAAAAGAAUGUAUUGAUGAUCAAAUGAGAAAAGCUUGGAAGGGAUUUAAGUAUAAGCUGCUACACUUAUACUUUAAACAGAUUGGAGGUGGAAAUGAUAUUGACAUGGCAAAGAAAAAACGACAUCCAGACUUGAAGGAUGACCAACAAAAAGACUGGGGAUUCUUAUGUGAGCGUUGGUGUUCUGAACAUUUUAAGGAACGAGCAAAAAAGAACAUCAAUAAUCGGUCCAAAAGAAAGUGGGGUUCUAAAAACGGGUCAGUUUCCACGGCAAGAUAUCACAUUCGGCGUGGAAUGGCAUUAACCUCUUCUACUGGACAAAUUGAGACAUGGCGUUUACAACAUUUUGACAAAAACAAUGGAUGGCUUGUGCCAGACCUGAAAGAUAUAUAUGAUGAUAUGAUGACUCUAAGGGAAACUUAUACAGCUGAGGAAAGGUCAGAUAAAAAAAUUAUGGAAUGUGUACUUGGUCGUCAUUCAGUAUACUUGCGAGGAUGGGGACGGUCUAGUGAUACAACAAAUAGUGCAAGUCAUCGUGUUUCUGCAGAGCCUAAUCAACCAAGCUAUCAAGAGUUGCUUCAACAAUUUAAAGAUGCUAGUACCCGUCUUGAUGAAGUUGUUAACAUACUACGCCAAAAUAAUCUGAUGCCACAAACUUCUACAGCAAAUGAGGUUUCGGAAGUAGAUGCACAUUCAGCUAGUAUUGAAUAAUUAAUCUGAUGUGUUUUAUUGCUACUGGAACUUUUAAUAUUAGGUUCUUUAUUGUUUAUUUUAGUUUUUAUGGUCUUUAUAUUAUAUAAAAUAUAUUUAUUUUAUGUGA